AUGCGACAGGGGCUCUGCCACCUCCUGGUGGUGGUAGCCUGGAUUGGAGGCAUCCUACAUGCCAUGGUACAGAUUCUUUUCAUGGUCAACUUGCCCUUCUGUGGUCCCAAUGUCAUUGACCACUUCAUGUGUGAUCUCUUCCCAUUGUUGAAACUUGCCUGCAGCGACACCUACAGGCUUGGAAUGGUAGUGGCCGCCAACAGUGGAGCUAUGUGCUUGCUCAUUUUUUCCAUGCUACUCAUUUCCUACAUAGUCAUCCUCAGCUCCUUGAAAUUUCAUGGCUCUGAAGGACAGCAUAAAGCCCUAUCCACAUGUGGCUCCCACUUUACCGUUGUUGUACUCUUUUUUGUGCCUUGUAUAUUCACCUACAUGCGUCCUGUGGUCACCUACCCUGUGGACAAGUUGGUGACUGUGUUCUUUGCAAUCCUUACCCCUGCAUUAAAUCCUAUAAUUUAUACAGUUAGAAACGCAGAGGUGAAAAAUGCCAUGAGGAGUUUGUUGAAGAUGAGAGUAAUGUAG